AUGGCAUCCCCGAGUACCACGUGGAAAGAGACGAUUGCGCUCGAUGAGUCUACACGAUUUGAUUCAGAGGCUGACAUGCUGACAUCUGUCCAAAGACGUCAUAAUGAGCUGAAUCGUUGCCCGGGUAAAGCCUUUCAUCGCAAGCAGAUCUUUGCAGGGCAAGGGACGUUUGAGGUUCUACCUGACCUACCUCCUUAUGCUCGGUUUGGAGUAUUCUCUCAACCACAUGUUUUCCAGAGCCUGAUACGCCUGUCUAAUGGAAGCUGGGGAAACUACCCUGAUUCUAGGCCUGAUUUUCGAGGUUUUGCCAUCAAGGUCUUGGAUGUCAAGGGCCCUCGACUCAGUGGUCAAUUUUCCGACGAUACGCAUCAUAUCCUGAUGAUUCAAACAGACCCUUUCGGCGCAAACAGCUUCGACUUCAUCAAGUCGGUUCAGGAGAUGGAGGCGAACAACACCGAACCUGACGCAGAACAUCUGAAAUUCCAUGGUUUCACCAGCAGUGUAUUUAAUACCCAGACCCCGUUCUGUGUGGGACCAUACGCUGCUCGCGGUCGGCUCAUUCCGUCACAAGAAGCAAGCAAUGCUUCGGCUUCGGCUGAAGUUGGGGCUUCUUUGGUCCCGCGUCUGCCAUUCACAUGGAAAUACCAGCUUCAAUUCUACGUGAAUGACUCGGCCACUCCGAUUGAAGACGCAACAAAGACGUGGGACGAGAAAGAAUCGCCAUUCAUUACAGUGGCCAGUCUUCAUAUACCAGAACAAGAAACUAGUUUGUCUUUCCGUGAGGACAUUCACACCUCACCCUUUUACCUGUGGGACACUAUCGAAGCCCACAGACCCCUGGGUGAGGUGAAUCGCGCGCGAAGGGUGGUAAUGAGGGCUAGCGUACGAACUCGGCGUGCAGACGCAGAUGGGGACGAAAAGUCCUCGCCAAAUCCCGCGACAAAAUAG